UGUUAUAAACAUUAACAGACUUUGCUCGUGUCUUAGUAAACGCCAGCUUCACAGUUUUAUCUUCUAUUCAGCAGCUAAUUCAGUAUCAUCGUGUCUUAUUAAAAUGACUUCCUUGUUACAGACAAAAAGAGAGCAUCCGAAUGGAUUCUACACGUUUUCCAGUCGUCCACAUGUGGUUCCGAACCGAAUCCGAUACACGGACCCUGUGAUGAUGGAAAAUGAUGGACGACCAAUCUAUGGAAACAUUAUGUAUGACCGACGGGUCGUUAGAGGAAAUACAUAUUCCCAACAUAUCCUACCAGCUACAGCUCAGCCGGACCCAGUUGAGAUCCAACGGCAGCAAGAAGCAAUGCAACGAGCUGCAGUAAGAAAGGGCACAAAGUUUCAGAGAAUGAAUUCAGGCAACCUCGCGGAGAGAAAGCAUGUGGAUGUUCAGACUGAAUUAUACUUGGAGGAGCUGAGUGAUCAUAUUGAGGAUGCCAGUGUGGAAUGCCAGACAGAUGCAUUUCUGGACAAGCCAGCAACACCUAUCUUUAUUCCUGCUAAAUCUGGCAAAGACGCAGCGACACAGAUUGAAGAUGGAGAGCUGUUUGACUUUGAUCUGGAGGUUGAGCCAGUGUUGCAGGUGUUGGUAGGAAAGACCAUAGAGCAAGCUUUGCUAGAAGUACUGGAGGAAGAAGAGCUGGCUGGGUUGAGGGCUCAACAGCUUGCAUUCCAGGAGUUGCGUAAUGCUGAAUUGGUGGAAGUUCAACGACUGGAGGAGCAGGAGAGGCGCCACAAAGAGGAGAAGGCCCGGAGGAUUAAGCAGCAAAGGAUGGUGUUGAAGAAAGAAAGAGAAACAGCUGAGAAAAUUGCUGCUAGAACAUUCACCCAGCAUUAUCUUGCUGACCUGCUUCCCGCAGUCUAUUCAAAACUGAGAGACAAUGGAUAUUUCUAUGACCCAGUGCAGAGAGAUAUAGAAACUGGAUUCCUUCCCUGGCUGGUGGCAGAAGUCAACAACAUUCUGGAAAAGCAACAAGUUACAAGAACAGUGCUUGACAUGCUCAUCCAAGAUGUAGCAGCCCUUCAGCAUCAAACAAAGGAGGCAGAGAGUUUUUGA